AUGGGUAAGUUUUCUAUCUCCAUUCCUGACAUUGUCAUUGAUCAUAAUAUUUCACUAACGGCCUUCACUCUAGUUGGAAAAUUUGUUGGUCCAAGACCUAACAUUGACGUGGUGAGAGCCUUCGCCAAAAAGAAAUGGCGAUUGAAAGGUCAAGUGGAAAUAUCAAUGAUGCCUAAAGGGUUUUUUCCCUUCAACUUUUCAUGUUUGGAAGAUCAGGAAGGUGUUUUGUGUGGAGGUCCUUGGAUGGUAGGGAGAACUUUUCUCUCCUUAAUAAAAUGGUCUCCUAAUCAGGAGUUAAAUGACUCCUUUUUUGACUUGGCUCCUGUUUGGGUUAAGCUAUCUAGUUUGCCGAUGGAGUUCUGGUUUGAAGAUGUCUUCAAGGGCAUUUCCAGUUCCUUUGGUGAUCUUCUUGCUAUAGAUUCAAUGACUACAGCUAGAAAAAGGCUGGUUUAUGCUAGGAUCUGUGUGAAUGUCUGCCAGAACACUGAUAUGCAGUCGUCGAUUGAGAUCUUCUCUAUGUUGGGGAAAUGGGUGCAAACUAUUGAGUAA